AAGACCGUCCCGGACGGCGUUCGGGGCGGCCUGUGUGUGGAAGCGAGCGCCGGGCCGCCGGCCUUCCCGCGCCGGCUAGUCGCCCCAUGCCGCGGGCUGCGGCCGCCAGUCCCCGCUCGCAUUGGCGGUGCUGAGGCGCCGGGGCGACAGCGCGCGAAAUGUCGUCGGGCCUCCGCGCCGCCGACUUCCCCCGCUGGAAGCGCCACAUUUCGGAGGAGCUGAGGCGGCGGGACCGGCUGCAGAGGCAGGCAUUUGAAGAGAUCAUCCUGCAGUAUAACAAGUUGCUAGAAAAGUCAGAUCUUCAUUCAGUGCUGGCCCAUAAGCUACAAGCUGAAAAGCAUGACGUCCCCAACAGGCAUGAGAUAAGUCCUGGCCACGACGGUGCAUGGAAUGAUAGUCAGCUACAAGAAAUGGCCCAGCUGAGGAUUAAACACCAAGAAGAACUGACUGAAUUACACAAGAAACGUGGGGAGUUAGCUCAGUUGGUGAUUGACCUGAAUAACCAAAUGCAGCAGAAGGAUAGGGAGAUGCAGAUGAAUGAAGCAAAAAUUGCAGAGUGCUUGCAGACCAUCUCUGACCUGGAGACGGAGUGCCAAGAACUGCGUGGUAAGCUUCAGGACCUCGAAAGAGCCAACCAGACCCUGAAGGAUGAGUAUGAUGCCCUGCAGAUCACGUUUACUGCCUUGGAGGAGAAACUGAGGAAAACUACUGAAGAGAACCAGGAGCUGGUCACCAGAUGGAUGGCCGAGAAAGCCCAGGAAGCCAACCGCCUCAAUGCAGAGAAUGAGAAGGAUUCAAGGCGGCGGCAAGCCCGGCUGCAGAAAGAGCUUGCAGAAGCGGCAAAGGAACCUCUACCCGUUGAACAGGAUGAUGACAUUGAAGUCAUCGUGGAUGAAACCUCUGAUCACGCCGAGGAGACUUCUCCUGUGCGAGCCAUCAGCAGAGCGGCCACUAAGCGACUCUCGCAGCCUGCUGGAGGCCUUCUGGAUUCUAUCACUAAUAUCUUUGGGAGGCGCUCUGUCUCUUCCUUUCCAGUUCCCCAGGAUAACGUGGAUACUCAUCCUGGUUCUAGUAAAGAAGUGAGGGUGCCAACGACCGCCAUAUGUGUCUUUGACGCUCAUGAUGGGGAAGUCAACGCUGUGCAGUUCAGUCCAGGCUCCCGGUUGCUGGCCACAGGAGGCAUGGAUCGGAGAGUUAAGCUUUGGGAAGUGUUUGGAGAUAAAUGUGAGUUCAAGGGCUCCCUGUCCGGCAGUAAUGCAGGAAUUACAAGCAUUGAAUUUGACAGUGCUGGAUCUUACCUCUUAGCAGCUUCAAAUGAUUUUGCAAGUCGAAUCUGGACUGUGGAUGAUUAUCGGUUACGGCACACGCUCACAGGACACAGCGGCAAAGUGCUGUCUGCCAAGUUCCUGCUGGACAACGCGCGCAUUGUUUCCGGAAGUCAUGACCGGACCCUCAAGCUCUGGGAUCUCCGCAGCAAAGUCUGCAUAAAGACCGUGUUUGCAGGAUCCAGCUGCAACGAUAUCGUCUGCACAGAGCAGUGUGUGAUGAGUGGACACUUCGACAAGAAAAUUCGUUUCUGGGACAUCCGAUCGGAGAGCAUCGUCCGGGAGAUGGAGCUGCUGGGCAAGGUCACUGCCCUGGACUUAAACCCGGAGAGAACCGAACUCCUCAGCUGCUCUCGCGAUGAUCUUCUAAAAAUCAUCGAUCUUCGAGUAAACGCCGUCAGACAGACGUUUAGCGCCCCUGGGUUCAAGUGCGGCUCUGAUUGGACCAGAGUUGUGUUCAGCCCUGACGGUGGUUACGUGGCAGCGGGCUCGGCUGAGGGCUCCCUCUACGUCUGGAGCGUGCUCUCGGGGAAAGUGGAGAAGGUCCUUUCAAAGCAGCAUGGCUCGUCCAUCAAUGCAGUGGCGUGGUCCCCCUCCGGCUCCCACGUGGUCAGUGUGGACAAAGGAAGCAAAGCUGUGCUGUGGUCAGAAUAUUGACGGCACCUCCUCGAGAGAGAGCAGAGCCGAAGCCGGAGACGCACGCAGGCUCCCGCAGCUCUGUCCUGGCGGGGGGUGUGUUGGGUGUAGCUUUGACCGCCAAUGGAGAGCCCGAGCCACGUGGCGCAGUGGCUUCCUUUGCACGGGAUUUCCGAGGAUUUGGGCUGAGGUCUCUACGGCCUGAAGGAAUAACAGUGCGAGAACCUGACCCUGUAGUCACUUAGCAGAGGUGCGGGUUCUUGCCCUGAUUCGGUGGGAAACACUACUGGCUCUGAUCUUCCAUACCUCAGUGGGGAGAGCGGGGACACCUACCGGUUUCCUCGCAGGCCGGCAGUGCCGGGAACACCCCACACGCCUGGGGUCGGUUCUCCCUCCAGGCUUUCUCCCGACCUUCUACGGUUGGUUCUGGCCGAAUGCAUGUCCUGUCACCCUGGGGUCAUUUUCCUGGUGAACUCGCUUUAAUCAUUGGAUUAACAGAAACCCAAACAGGAUUACCCCUGUCCUCGGCUGCGGGGGCUGCCCUGAUUUCUGAGGAGACAGGACUGUGGUCCCUCCCCGUUGGUCUGUGUCAUUAUUACGAGGCUCUCACUCUGAUCUCAUCUGAUUACUGUUGGAAUUUCCUUAGCUCUCCCAAACUGUUCUUAGAAAGCCUCUGUUCGUCAAAGCUUCGAGCGUCCUUUCUCCCCAACAGUGCUAUAUACUAAUUUCUCAGUCAAGAGAGAAAUCCCAACUUGGUUAAAAAAUACUUUUUGGAGGCGGGAGAGGAAGGGUGCAAACCUUCUUCCAGGAAAGUGUGCUGCAGGGGCAGAGUAUAUUCCUGUGUCCGUCUGUAGACUCCCAGAAAGUGGGUGCACGCCACCUUCCAGGGGUGCCUCGCUUCUACCCGCGGGUGACGAGGGAUUGGAGGCCUCGAAUGUAUUCGCCUGGAGUUGGUAGUUCCAGGUCACUGCCCUUUUGCCAAGCCUACGUGCAAUAGUCCCUCGGUGCUUUAGUGCGAGAAGCCCAUUCCAAGAAGCAUGGGAAUGUCAUCUUUAGGUUUCAGGAGUUAUGAGCAAGGCCGGGGGCAACUGGCCUGUGGCUUUCUUUUUUGUUUGUUUGUUUGUUUGUUUUACACAUUUAUCCUUACCAUUUUACCUGUGUAUAUCAUUUUAGUUUUUGAGUGACUGAAACACCAAUACUUUUAUCACCUUUUAAUUUGCACUUUAUAUUUUUCCUUCUGCACUUGUUCUCUGGACAGCUGUGGGUGACGAGAGCUGGAGCUGGGUGAGGAGGGGGGCCGCCGCCGUCCUCCCUCUUUCCCUGGCCCUCCUUCCCCCAUUUCAGCUUGCUCCAAGAGCUCAAGGGGAGGUGGAAUUCAUAGGCCAGGGCGCAGCUGUUAUUUAUUUAAUUAUGUUGCCCAACAGAACUUGAUUGUAAAUAAAAAAAGAAAUCUGUUCUAUACUUUUCAAA